GGGUGUUGCUGUUUUUUAUUUUUUAUUUUUGUGUUGCCGACCUGGCAUUGAGUGUAAAAGGGCACUGGCACGCGAGAAGCGCAGCAGGAGGACUAGUUCCAGACGUGACGGAUUCAAGCCAAUCAGUUAAGAGGUCCACGUAAUGCGAGAGAUAUGAGAUUCUUCUGCCUCUGCUGCGUCUGGAUGUCGGUUUUUUCUACAAUGUUCCUGGUGCUUGUCAACCCUCUAGUUUUUAGCUGUCGCAAGAAAUUGUAGGAUUUAAGAAGAAGGGGAUCGUGGGGGAUUUAAAUGUUCCUCGGGAGUACGUUUGGCUGGACAGUUCCUUCCGCUGGAAACGCGCGAGACAUUGGAGAUGUAUGCCGAACUAAACUUAGGCUGGUCGUGCCGCAAUUGAAAUGGUGUCGUCGCUGCAAGGUCGUAUAGUUGGAGAUUUUGCAAAUCGAGGCCCGAAAUUGGGGUGAGAGCUCAUGCAGCGGUGAUGUGAUUGUGGAGUUGCAAUUGGUAAUGCAUGGAGAGUAGGAUCGGGUUGAUGAGUGUGGCGAGCCACCGAUUGUGGGUGAUUAUGGAUUGUAUUUGAGAGUGGUUACUUCAGGGUUCAGGUUAUUUGCGCAGGGGGGUUGUUGGAGUUUGCAGGUUUGGUUCGCUGAAACUGAAUAGAUUAGCCUAAGGGUGAGGGGAAGAGUUAGGAUCUGGUGGGAGGGGUGAGGGAAUAGUUGUGGGCAGAAAAUCGAGCGCAUUCGCGAUGAACGGAGCCACGGUGCAGCCAAGUUACAAGGAGGCGGGGCCCGUGAGAUACCACCCCAUGCAUGACUGCCUCUCCCUCAUCUUGCGUUUAUUAACACUGGGUGCCACUAUAGCUGCCAUUGUUGCCAUGCUGAAGUCUACUCAAACCGUCCCAACCUUGUUAGGCCCGCAUACAGCUCGAUGGAAAGACUUUCCCGCAUUCGAGUGGUUUGUUAUCGGCAAUUCCAUUGUCCUCGUUUACGCGGCUCUUGGAACACUUGCGGCAUGCCUGUCCCUAUUCACUCGGCGAGGUCCUCUUAGCUACACUAAAACCGCAUGGCUCACCUUCCUCUGCGACUUUAUAUGUUCAUGUGCCUUGAUCUCGGCAGGUUCAACGGCACUGGGAGUGGCAUGGAUUGGGAAGCAUGGCCAGCAUUCUGCCUUCUGGAAUGCAGUGUGCCCGACGGUGGAUCGCUUCUGUGACUAUGUCCAAGGUGCUCUGAUCGCCACCCUCUGCGGUUUUAUAUUUCAGGCCCUGUCCACUGUCAUUGCUGCGUCGGCUCUUCACAACCUUGCGACGCACAGACAUUGAUGAUAAACAUCACUAAGUGCUCCCAGAAACUCGUUGCCAUAGCCGCCGAAAGCCGCAGAUAAGAUAGAUGAUAACUUUUGAGGAAGGCUGGUGAGGGGCGCACGUGUAUAAAUGUUGUGUACAAAGCAGGCAGUAUAUGUGUAGUGCGUAUUUCCUUUUCCAAACGUGGGUUUGUCUGUGUGGACAAACCAUGUUGAUUGAUGAGAAGUUGAUAAUAAGUGCUUGAAGACAUAUGAUUUCUGGAGGAAGGACAGGACAGGGUGCAUUUGUGAACUGUCUACUUCAAAAACAAAGCUGACGAUGGGACCACGUGCUUCAAAUGCC